ACUCCCCCCGGGCCAUGGCCGCAGCAGCCCCGUGCCGUGCCGGGCCGUGCCGUGCCGGUCCGGUUCCGCUGCAGUUCGCCCCGUUCAGCAGCGCGCUGGACGCGGGCUUCUGGCACGAGCUGACCCAGAGGAAACUCAACCAGUACCGCCUGGACGAGACCCCCAAGCUCAUCAAGGGCUACUACUACAACGGUGAUCCUUUGGGCUUGCCAGCUCGCUUGACACUGGAGUUCAGUGCCUUUGAUAUGAAUGCUUCAAUACCAGCACGUUGCUGUCCUGCUUUUGGAACGUUGUAUAACACCAACACUUUUGAGACUUUCAAAUCCUGUGACAAGAAAGCACUUCUGGACAAGGAAGCAAAUGAGAUCUGGGAAUCCAUCAAAUCUGGAGCUGCCCUGGAGAACCCAAUGCUCCUGAACAGGUUCCUGCUGCUGACAUUUGCAGAUUUAAAGAAGUAUCAUUUCUAUUACUGGUUUUGCUACCCUGCUCUCUGCUUCCCUGAUGGAAUUGAGAUCACACAGAAGCCUGUCUGUCUUGGGGACAGGUUCUCACUAAAUCAGAUCCAAGCCCUGCAGAAAGCCUACGAUGAUCUCUGCCAGGAGGAGGGGGUGACAGCCCUGCCUUAUUUUUUAAUCAAGUAUCAUGAUAAUUCUGUCAUGAUAUCCCUGCUGAAAAAGUGGGAUGGCUUCUUUCAAGACCAAGGAGAAAAGGUGACAGUUGGAGUUUAUGAUCCUUGUAAUUUAUCCCAGUAUCCAGGGUGGCCACUGAGAAACUUCCUGAUCCUGGCAGCCCACAAAUGGGGCAGUGCUCUGCAGAGGCUGGAAGUGCUCUGCUUCAGAGACAGGACCAUGCAAGGGGUGAGGGACAUCACCCACAGCAUCAUCUUUGAAAUCAAACUGCCACAGGCACCCCUGGGCCCAGAUUGUCCAAAAGCUGUUGGAUGGGAGAAGAACCAAAAGGGAAGCAUGGGGCCAAGGAUGGUGAAUCUCAGUGAAUGCAUGGAUCCAAAAAGGUUGGCAGAAUCCUCCGUGGAUCUGAAUUUGAAGUUGAUGUGCUGGAGGUUGGUGCCUACUCUGGAUCUGGAGAAGAUUGUGGCUGCCAAGUGUCUGCUGCUGGGAGCUGGCACCCUGGGCUGCAGUGUGGCAAGGACCUUGAUGGGCUGGGGGGUGAGGAAAAUCACUUUUGUGGACAAUGCAAAGAUCUCCUACUCCAACCCCGUGCGGCAGCCGCUCUACGAGUUCGAGGAUUGCCUGAGUGGGGGCAAGCCCAAGGCUCUGGCAGCAGCAGAAAGGCUGCAGAAAAUCUUCCCAGGAGUGAGCUCUGAGGGUUACAACAUGAGCAUCCCCAUGCCAGGCCACCCCGUGAACUUCUCAGAGGUGACCAUGGCCCAGGCUCAGAAGGACGUGGCACAGCUGGAGGAGCUCAUUGAGAGCCACGAUGUGGUGUUCCUGCUGAUGGACACCAGGGAGAGCCGCUGGCUGCCGGCUCUCAUCGCAGCCAGCAAGAGGAAGUUGGUCAUCAAUGCUGCCUUGGGAUUUGACACUUUUGUUGUUAUGAGACACGGCCUGAAGAAACCAAAACAGCAAGAAUGUGCUGGUGAUUCACAUUUCAGCAACACCUCUGCUCCUUCUGAUCUGCUGGGAUCCUCACUGUUCUCAAAUAUCCCUGGCUACAAACUGGGCUGCUACUUCUGCAACGAUGUUGUGGCACCAGGGGAUUCCACCAGGGAUCGGACUCUGGACCAGCAGUGCACGGUCAGCAGGCCUGGGCUGGCCAUGGUGGCUGGAGCCCUGGCAGUGGAGCUCAUGGUUUCUGUGCUGCAGCAUCCAGAAGGUGGUUAUGCUGUGGCCAGCAGCAGUGAUGACAGAAUGAAUGAGCCACCCACUUCUCUUGGGCUUGUUCCUCACCAGAUCCGAGGAUUUUUAUCCAGAUUUGAUAAUGUUCUUCCAGUCAGCCUGGCAUUUGAUAAGUGCACAGCCUGUUCAGCCAAGGUCCUUGAGCAGUAUGAACGAGAAGGGUUUAAUUUCCUAGCCAAAGUUUUUAAUUCUUCACAUUCCUUCUUGGAAGACUUGACAGGUCUGACUUUAUUACACCAGGAGACACAGGCUGCUGAGAUCUGGGACAUGAGCGAUGAUGAAACAGUUUGACAUCAGGUGCUGAGGAGGAGGAGGAUGCUCUGGGGUGCAGCCCUGCCUUUUAUCUGUGCUUGGAGGAGUUAAUGAUUGCUUACCCCUCCUGGCUGCUGGAAAGACAAACAAACAGAGCCCACGUCCCGCCACGAAUAACUCCUCUGCAACAGCAGCUCUUCUCUUAUGGACAGAGCUCACCAUGUUUUCAUUUUAUUGUGUAAAUAACUGCAGCAACAGCCUUGUGUUUAAACCUGGUCUCUCUUUUUUUUUUUUUUUUUUUUUUUUAAAGCUUCUAAAUACGGCUUACAUCUAAAAAAAUGCUGCUUAAGUAACUUUGGGUGGUUUGUUUGAGCCAGGUUUUAUUUUGCUUCUCAGUGGCCAUGUCCAAGCAGCAUUUCUGAAUGGCUUGUUUCAUCUCUCUCAGAUUUGGGCCACUUCAGUGGGAAUUUGUGAAGAUUUCUGCUCUUGGGAGUUAAAUUCAAUGUUUAACUGUGGGGAGGAGUGGGGAAGGAGCUGAACCUGCUGUCUCCACCACAGGAAUUAUUUGCAAACACGAAUUUCAGGUGCAGUUGUUCUGGAUGUGUCCAUGGAGUUUUUACUAUUCCCUGUGAAGAUCCCAUCUUGUCAUGCUAUGGAAACAAAGUGGUUUGGCUGAUUUUUGCCCAGGAAACACCAAAAUACAUUUAUAUAAUGCUUAGGCUCCCCUGAAGCUCAGAGAAAUCUCUGUUCUAAGGUAAAAAAAUCACUUUAGGAGGUGGUGGGUCACUGAUUCAGUCAAAUGCUUCAGUGAAAUGAGAAAUUUGUUCCCUGACUUUGCUGCUCUUGGGUGUGCUCAUGCAGAACCCUGCAGGUGUUCAAAAAGAGAAAUUCUCUUCUCCUUUUUUGUUGGUUGAAUUUUUUUAAGUGGCUUCAUAAGCAAAAACAGGAGUUUGAGAAUCCUGGAGUUUAAAAAACAGCUUGAAAAAAAUGGAGUUUUGAAAUCUCAAAGCACAUUUUACUGUAAAGUUGAAAGUGAAUCUAUUUGGCUUAACUUGGAAUAGGUUUUAGAAGGAAAUUUGAAAUCCCUUUCGUAGCUUUAUAUUGUGGGGUCUAUGAGUUAACUCACUUAGAAAAAAAUACAAAUCACUUUAUCUGCCAAGCAGCCUCUAUUUCCCAGAUAUAUUAUAAAAAUUAGUUGGUCAAUCCAAUUAUUUUAGUUCCUUCCUUAAGAUAAGCUGUGAAGAUUUUUAUUUUGUAGAGAAUU